AUGACCACUAUUGCAAUAACUUCAUUAUUUCUGCUCUCUAUUUUCUUUUUAUCUUCUUGUAAUCCAUUACAAAACACAUCAGAUGUCAUCGAAAAACCGCAUAAGCGAUUGUAUAAUCCAUUGGUUUGCUAUGUAGAAACUGAAGGUCAACUAUACGGAGUUGAAUACCAUGAAAAUCAAAGACACGAACCAUGUGGUCCCGAUGUGAAAUACUGUCAGAAGGUCACUGCUCAUUUCAUUGCUGCUGGUGGAGAAAUUACAAAAAUCACAAUGAAAGGAUGUGACACAGUCUCAUUACUACCUCAUUUUGCCGGAUUAGAGUGCAAGGGAAACGGUUGUGCUGAACGAUCAGAAGGCGAUGAAAUCUACAAUGUCUGUUGCUGUAAUUCUGAAACAUGCAAUUCGAAUUUUCAUCUAUCUCUAUUUAUCCCUUCCAUCUUUUUCCUUAUCACCUUUUUCGUUUUUCACUAA